UCCCGCCAGUUAAUGUUUAACAUCAAAGGUCACCGAAAGUUCAAAUCACGAUCGGGGGUUGCCCGGAAGUUGACCGGCACUCAAGACACACAAGACCUCAGGUGUCAGUGCCGUAUUUUACUUCACUUCUGUCCUUGUUCCUGACCUGUUUGACCAAGAAGGUCUAAAGAAUUUGGUUUGACAACAUCUUAGAAUGGCGUCGGCACCGCUCAAGAACUGUUUCCACCGUGACGGGGCGGGGUUCUUGUGGUGCGAAGGAGUCCGCGUAAAAUCCCUUCAAGAAGACCUGUCAAGACGGCUUCCACGCCCCUCAUGCAGCCCCUUCUACCUGUACAGCCUCUCUCAGGUGCGACACAACGUCUCAAGAUACAAGGAAGCCCUCAAGACGUUGCCGAACCCGCACGUCUUGGGCUACUCCCUCAAGGCGAACGGGAACCUGGAGAUUUUAAAGACGCUGCGAGCCAUGGGGUGCGGGGCGGUCACCGUUAGUGGGAAUGAGAUCAGGCUGGCCCUGACGGCGGGGUUCAACGCCGACAGCAUUGUGUACAACGGAAACGGCAAACAGGACUGGGAGUUGGAGCUGGCCGUGAGAGUGAACUGUCUGAUCAACGUGGACUCUGACUUCGACUUGCGCCAUGUUCGGAGCGCUGCCGACACGGUCCGCCAGAGGGCGCGCGUGCUCAUCAGGAUCAACCCUGACAUCGACCCAAGAGUGCACCCCUACAACUCAACCGGCCUGGCGAGUAGUAAGUUUGGGCUAGAGUGCAGCCAGCUGCCAGGUCUGCUUGAGAAGGUUCGCAGGUGGCCGGCACAACUGCAGCUGGUGGGCUUGCACUGCCACCUGGGGUCCACCAUCACUGAUGUCUCUCUCUUCAGAGAUGUGGUUUCUGUGGUGUCUGCUGAGAUGGAGUCGGUCAGGUCCCAGGGCUUCCACGACCUUCGCUACCUCAACAUGGGAGGGGGGCUGGGCAUCGACUACCUACGGCAGCAAGACAGUACAAACCCCUCCCCCGCUGACUUGGUAUCUUCCAUCCGUGAUGCGCUGACAGACAAAAACAUCUGCCUCAUCUUGGAACCCGGACGGUCCAUCAUAGGGGAUGCCGCCAUCUUGGUCACGAAGGUCAUUGGGGUCAAGGGCAAUGGAAAGAAAAGGUUCGUUGUCACAGACGGGUCCAUGACAGAGGUGAUCCGACCCAGCCUGUACUCAGCCUACCACCACAUCCAGCUUACAGAGCCCUCACAGGCAGAAGACCCGACAGAACAAGAGUACGAUGUCGUGGGGCCGGUGUGCGAGUGUGGUGACUUCCUGGGGAAAGACCGGACCAUACCAACUCCACACGAGGGGUGUGGGCUGGUAGUGUUUGACGUGGGCGCCUACUGCUCUUCCAUGGCAUCCAACUACAACAUGAGGAUACGUCCAGCGGAGGUCCUGGUAGAUGGAGCGACCUGGAGGUUCAUCCGACGACCAGAAACACUUGAGGACAUGACGAGGUGCUACACAGGACUACCUCCGGACAGCUUCUCCAUUCAGGACUGAUCAAUGCCUCGAGAUGGGAGUUCAUCUAUGUUGUUACAAUAAACUAAAUAUUACCUAACCAACACAGGUGGGGCUUACCCCUACGUUCGUCAAAUUUUCGGCCGACUCUGUGAGACUUGUUCACGGAAUAGAUCUGUGUACUGCAUCUUAUGGGAUGUGAUAUUUGAGAGAAGUGACUCCCAUCAAAGGGUUGUCAUCAUCACCAUCAUCAUCAGUACCAUAGUUUUUUGGUUGUCGGUGCCAGAUAACCAAUGCCAGUGCGGCACUGCGGGGUUCGAUCAUUGCUGUUUUAUUGUUCGAUCACUGUUGUUUUAUUUUUCCCCAUUUUUUUUUAUAAUGUAGAUAUUGCAAAAUACAUAAAAGGAUGACUUAGAAUAUCUUUAUCUCUGAAAUUUGUUAAGUAAUCUUUCGAACCCUGCAGUAUCCCGAGAUACUACCUUAUGAUAUAACUCACUUGUUUAUGCACAGCAAGAGAAAGACAAGAGACCAUCUGCACUAUUUUACAAGCACUUUAAUUGACACUUGUAGACCUGUAUACACGUAGUAGUAACCAGUCUAAAAGUGAACAAGACAAAAAACCCAUUGCCUUAAUAAUGUGGGGCCUUUUUUUUUACUGCCAUACUGUACAGGUUGCUGCAAGCACAACCAACCGAACUGUCAAAUCAUGUUAAUCAAAAGGUCCUCAGAUCUACAGCUACGUUCGUUGUACAUACGUCGUCACCAAGACAAGCCUUAAAACGUUCGGACGAUACAAUAAGGACUAAUAAAAAGGGAAGAACGACGAGAUAGAGGCAACUCUCUAGCUCAUCAUGUGACAGUUUAUACACAUUCAUUAAAUAAGGAAUCCAGCAACAAAACUUUACUAGCUUUAGGACACUUUUCGUCACGUUUUUUUUCUUUUUCUUUUUCAACUCAACGGUAAAUUGUUUACCCAUUUCUGCUACACAGGCGUAACAGGAACUCGCAACCAGUCACAUCCCUUUCUACGUGUGAUUUCUUUCUUCCAGCUUCAGAAACAGUCAGUGUUGCGAAGAUAGUAAGACAACUUGAAAUCGGUUGUUCAUGCGAUAGUAAAGAUUGUUCCUCUUCCAAACAAUCAGGAAAUGUGCUUUAACUCCCUUUUUUUUCCCUCCUUCCUAUAGCCUCUUUCAGUAUUUCUCUCCCACUAGUACAGAAAACAGUACACCAAUCAAUCCACACUGCUCCUUAUAAUUACUACCAGAUAUCUGCCUCCAAGAACAUCUUCCCUCAGUUCCUCGCGUACCCCUCACACUUGCUAUUGCAUACAAGGUAGACUGAGUUAGUUUUUGGAUGUGACAACAUACGAAAAACAUCCAAGGUAACACUUCGUGACAUGGACUAAUUAUUUAAACCACAGAAAUUUUUUACCCUUUUUUCAUUUGUUUGAACGAAAGUUGCCAACAUUUCAACGUUUAUAGCGACACUUGUGGCAACACAGACGGAGUUGUGUUUUUUUGGAUGAAUAUCAAGUUCGACACACCAUACCCUGAAAACAUCCCGCAUAUACAUAC